UCUUUGCUGGCUUAUAUAACAAAAGAUGGACAGCAGUAGCAAAGAAAAACACCCACCUCCUCCGACAGAAGGCGGUGAAGCAUCGUCAAGGCAGGCAAUACAAAGUUUUCCUCAGCAGACGACACCAGGCAUCACUGAAGCAGACGACAGUACGACAUUUACCCCAGUCAGGCCUGUGUACUUACAGCACGACUUUGAUAAACAACAUGGAUAUUCAAAACAAAGUGUUACAACAGCCAGUCGCAUUCACCAACAAUGUCGGAAACACUGCACGUGUGGGUCAGGAUGCGUCCAGGGAUUUUUGCUGCGCCUGUUUCCCUUCGUGUCCAUAAUGAGGCAAUAUAAAUUCCCCCAGUGGUUCAUUGGUGACCUAGUGUCUGGGUUGACGGUGGGAAUAAUGCAUCUACCGCAGGGUAUGGCAUACGCCUUGUUAGCAGGUCUACCGUCCAUCCACGGUCUGUAUGUGUCCUUCUUCCCCCCGCUAGUUUACUUCUUCUUUGGGACGUCCAAGCACACUUCUCUAGGUACAAUGGCAGUGGUUUGUCUCAUGGCCGGAGCGGUCGUUGACAGACAAACCGUAUCAUGGACACCUCCUAUUUCGUCUCUUGACAUCUUAAACGUUUCAAGCUUUGCCAAUGACACCCCAGUUUCUGGAAACAUCACAUGUGAUGCCGAUACCAACUCUAACCAAGAGUGCGUGGACUUCAAGAUAGGUGUAGCAACUGCUUUGGCCAUGUUGGUUGGAUUCUGGCAGUUGAUGAAGGGAAUUCUCCGUCUUGGCUUUAUCACCAACUACCUCUCCGACCCCCUAAUUAGUGGAUUUACCACGGGGGCGGCCUGUCACGUGUUCUCUUCACAGAUAAAACAUGUCUUUGGACUCAGUAUUAAGGCGUCAGAAGUCACCAAUCCGUUUAAACUCGUCAAGUUUUACAUCCAAUUCUUCCAAAGUCUUCCACAGACUAAUCUUGCAGCUUUGACGACAUCUGUUAUAUGUAUUCUGGCUCUUGCACUUACCAAAGAAUGCAUCAAUGCCAGGUUCAAAUCUAAAAUGAAAAUGCCGGUGCCUAUUGAGCUGAUAGUGGUAAUCGUGUCAACAGUUGUAUGUUACUUUGCUAAACUAGACGAGGAAUUUAAGGUGACAGUGGUUGGGUACAUUCCUACAGGGAUUCCAGAGCCUACACUGCCACCUGUAGAACAUUUCUCAAAUUUGAUAAUGGAUGCUUUUGGAGUGUCAAUUGUUGCAUUCACCAUAUCAGUGUCAAUGGCAAAGAUACUGGCCCAGCAUCAGGCGUACACCAUCGAUGCUACCCAGGAACUUAUUGCCUAUGGAUUGAGUAAUGUGGUUGGUUCUGUUUUUUCCACAUUCCCGUGCUGUGUUUCUAUGUCAAGAAGUCUGGUGCAGGAGACAACUGGUGGAAGAACCCAGGUAGCAAGCUUGGUUUCCUGUUUAUUCAUAUUUAUUGUCAUACUAUUUGCUGGCUCACUUUUUAGGACACUUCCAAGAUGUGUUCUUGCUUCCAUCGUCAUCGUGGCACUGAAAGGCAUGUUCCUGCAGGUCAAAGAUUUAAGGAGACUCUGGAGGAUUUCAAAAUUUGAUUUUGCUAUCUGGACUGUUACGUUUCUGGCCGUAGUGCUACUGAACGUGGACUGGGGUCUGAUCGUUGGAGUUGGAUUCUCUCUCGUGACUGUUGUGUUUAGAACUCAGUGGCCGAGGUCAUCUGUGCUAGGACGAGUCCCGAAUUCAGAAAUAUACGUGGAUACCAAAUCCUAUGAGAAUACCAUACAAGACCCUGGAAUCAAGAUAUUCCGAUUUGAAUCUUCCCUGUACUACGCAAACGCUGAACGCUUCAGUCACAAGCUGUACUCAGCCACCGGAUGUGACCCUGGACUUUUGAUGACGUCACAGGACAGAGGUGAAGACAAGAGUGCGAAGGAGGGGGAAGAUGACCAGACACAACGUGGUCUUAGUGUUGGUCAGUCGACAGAGGAACUCGUACUGGACGUCGCAACGACAAAAAUCACAGAAAAUUCUGAGAAGAGGGUUGGCAACAGGGUGGCGCAACCUCCGAUCAAUUACAUCAUACUUGACUGCUCAGCUAUGACGUUUAUAGAUGACGUUGGUAUCAAGGUGCUGAAACAGGUUAUGUCUGAAUACAAGAAAGUCAACAUCUGUGUGCUGCUUGCUAUGUGUAGAGCCCAGAUCAGAGAUAUGCUACAGAAAAGCAACUUUAGUGACAAGUUUGGUGAUGAUUUUAUAUAUUUCAUGGUUCAUGAUGCCGUGAUGGCCGCAAUGGAGAGAGCGAAAAACACCAGGGAAAGCUGUAGAUGAUUUGUAACCGCAGAUGAUGGGUCCACCGUCUGACUGAUUGCCACCAUAGUCACACGAUGAGCAGUCCUCGAACAUGUACAGAUAGCAACUACAUUGAAAAGCAGGCUAACUUAUAGUCAAACUUUUUAUAGUAAAAGCACCAAAACUGCUAAACAGAAAUAUAUUUUAGUGAUUCCAAAAGGAUGUAUCUGAAAGAUCAAACAUAUUUUCCAAUUGAAAAGUUCUUGCCAUUAACGUGUAAUGGCGCAAUGUUACUCUUGUAUUUGUCAGUUUUUAUUUAAAGUCCCGUUCCAAUUUAACUUACAGUUAAUCGCCAUUUUUAUAUUUGAAAGAAGUAUCGGUAUC